GAAAGUCCAAGUUGAGGAGCAGUCAGAAGGUAUCGUAUCUGGAGGCCGCUUGGAGGGACUUAGAACCUCACUCACUUGCCUACUACUCCCCCAUCACAAAAACACAGACGACUCCAACUUAACCUUUUGGGUACUGCGUAGCUGAGAGAAAACUGAUUAAGUAAGUGUAGUGGUUAAGGAGCGUCAACACAACCCCUAGAAAGAUGACCCUUCAACUUUUCAUCGUCGCUCUCAUCGUGGGAGGCUGCGUGGCGGUGCCGACAGCCGACUUGGACGACCCAGACUCGACUCCAGUCUUACCGCAGCCUCGCUCAGCCAUCCUCCUUCCCCCUACCAGAGAGGCGUUGGCCACCUCUGGCGAGGUGCGGAAUAACGAUGUGUGUGGUAUGCGUCACAGCUCGGUGCCGGACAUCAUCACCAGGAUCGUGGGAGGAUCCCCCGCAGAAUCGCAUGAGUUCCCGUGGCAAGUGUCGCUACAGUGGCGCUAUAACUGGUACACCUACCAUGUGUGUGGGGCCACCGUGAUCGACGAGUACUGGGUACUUACCGCCGCCCACUGUACCCACCAGUACAAGCCCAAGGACCUGUUGGUUGUGGCCGGCGACCACCAGCUGAAGCACAAGGAAGGCACGGAGCAGACACGUUACAUUGAGCGUAUCGUGGAACAUCAGGCCUACAACACCGGCACCCAGGAACAUGACAUCGCCCUCCUCAAGCUGAAGGUGCCCCUCCAACUAGAUGGCAUGACUGUCUCACCCAUCUGUUUACCCUUCCCCAUGACCAACUUCACAGGUAACUGUGUGGUGACUGGGUGGGGGAAAACAGCAGAAGGCGGUUCGUCGUCCGACAUCCUGCAGAAGGUGGUGGUGCCCAUCAUCAGUGACACCAAAUGUAAGGAUAGCUACCGCAACAUCGGCUAUACUGGACCCAUCGCUGAGACCAUGAUGUGUGCAGGAUAUGGCUUCGGUGGCCAGGACGCCUGUCAGGGAGACUCUGGCGGACCCUUCGUGUGUCGUGGAGCUGACAACCGCUACUUCAUGGCUGGCAUCGUAUCCUGGGGUAUCGGCUGUGCCAGACCCAAUGUACCCGGUGUCUAUACCGAGGUGAGUCGCUAUGUCUUGUGGAUCAGCAAUGUCAUUAACAACCGCCUGGAUAUGCCCCCACGCCCAGCCAACCUCAGAGUCCCCACCUUGCAGGAUGCCCUAGACCAGGAACUCAAUAUCACCUCAAGUCCACAAGACAAUAUUACCAGUGAUGACUCACCACCUGUCACCACACCUUCAGAGUAAGUCUCAAUUUUCCAAGAGGUAGUCAGUGAGGACUGUCACCAUCAUUGAAGAAAAUAAAAGUAAAUGUUAAACUUAUACUGUAUUGUGGUGAGCAGGCCUAACCAACCUAAACAAACCAAGAAAAAAUAAUAAUUUUGCAAAACAAAAGACAAGGAACCUGAGACUAAGACUUUUAUAAUGUUCAGUCAUCAACAAUAUGACUAUCACUGUUGUCUAUGAUUAACAGAGUUGGAAGUAUUUAUUUGUUUUAUUUUUUUAUUAUUGGGAAGUAUUUUUUCAGUUUAAAUUUGAUCAAGAAUAUCGACAGUGAUUUAUUUGAACACAUACAGUACUGUACACUCCUAACUCACAAUACACAUACACUUCCCUCAUGCUACACACACACACAGUUCUCUUUUCACUCAUGCUACACACAAACAGCACUCUUCAUUCAUGCUACACAUAUACACACUUCUAUCUUCACUCAAGCUACACACACACACUUCUAUCUUCAUUCAUCCUUACACACAAACACACACACACACAUUCUAUCUUCGUUCAUGUUACACACACACACACACAUACACGUUGGAGGAUGUCUCACCUCCAUCCAUUAUCUUAAAUAAUUAGAAUCUGCAGUGUUGAUCAGGAGUGAGUGAUGGUGUACACACGAACCUCCAUCAUUUUCUUCUUAUUUAUUAAUGUAAAUGACAUAUGUCUGUUAUAUCCUGUUUUCUACAUUGAUUGUUGUUAAUUAUUUAUAAUAUAAAUAAAUAUUUAUACAAAUCC